UAUUAUUUAAGUAUUCAACGCCAAGCAGGCCUAGUGAUAUGUGGAAUAAUAAUGUUGCCUGCAAUAAUGAUUGAAAAUAUUAUUUUUGUAACACUUAUUGUAGUUGUUUGUGGAGGCGUUGCACCUGAUCUAGGAAAAGCCGGCAAGAUGAGUCUACCAAAGGUGUUGGUUACCAAUAAUGAUAUUCCAGAAGCUGGUUUGGAUUUACUUAAAGGGAAGUUUGAGUUAAUAAUAAAUAAUCAGAGUAAUCCUACAAGACAAGAGAUAAUUGAUAAAAUAGCAGGAGUGGAUGCGUUAUUUUGGUGCACCCAUCAGCGUCUUGAUGAAGAAAUACUGGACGCUGCAGGUAGUCAAUUAAAAGUGGUAGCUACCAUGUCAGCAGGACUGAACCAUAUUGACAUAGAUGCUUUAAAAAGGAGGAACAUCCCUCUAGCACACACCCCAACAGUUUUAAAUAAAGCAGUCGCGAAUGUUGCCGUUCUUUUGGCAUUAGCUGCCUCCAGAAGGCUUCGUGAAAGUAGAAUUCAUAUAGAAGAAGGUUUAUGGAGUGGAUUUGGGGUGCAAUAUUUGUUAGGAACCGACAUAGAAAAUUCGACUGUUGGAAUAGUUGGAUUGGGUGGUAUUGGACAAACUAUAGCCAAAAGGUUAAAAGCAUUUGAGGUUGCAAGAAUUUUAUACAGUGGCCAUCGAGAAAAUCCGGAAGGAAAACAACUUGGAGCUGAAUUUGUUCCACUUGAUACACUUCUUCGUGAAAGUGAUUUCGUAAUUGUGUCGGCACCUUUAACUGAUGAAACCAAAAAUAUGUUUAACGAUACCACUUUCGCAAAAAUGAAACCAACAGCUGUGUUCGUUAACAUUGCUCGGGGGCCCAUAGUAGAUCAAGAUGCUCUUAUUAGAGCGCUCAAAAAUGGUACCAUUUUUGCAGCAGGUCUAGACGUGAUGGUACCGGAACCUUUACCAACCAAUAAUGAACUACUAAAACUUCCAAACUGUGUUCUCAUGCCACACUUGGGAAGCGCUACAUACAAGACUCGAACUGCAAUGGCGGAAUUGACAGCCAAGAAUAUCAUUUUAGGAUACGAAAAUAAACCUUUGCUAACACCUGCUUAUUAAGUCAUCAAAAAGCAUUUUCGAACGAUUCUGCAUAAAUAAUUAUAGUUAACAAAUAAUAAAUAUAAUUUAGCGUAAAAUAAUAUAUGUACAUAUCAGAAAAUUAGACACUUUUUAUCUCAUUAUAGUACGUACACUUAAAAUAUGAACGAAUAGGUUUACGAAAAUCAAUAAUUAAUUAAUCAGUGUUAUUCAAAUAUGUAUGUAAUAGAAUAUUGUAGCCACUUCUCGAAUAAAAAUAAAAUAAAAAACUGUUCUAGGGUUCUGUACGACGGCAACCAAAAAAAAAUAAUUUUAUAGUAAAUUGUUAUUGCAUAUGUAUAUUACAUAGCAUUUAAUGUAUUAUUUUUUUUAAUAAAAAGGAAUAUUCUUCCACUAGUAGUAA